CGCGCGCCGGCCAUGUUGGAGAGUGCGGCGCCACUGCCAGCGCCACCUCCGCCCCCCGCCGCCCUCCUCCCUCCCCACCCCCUCCCCGCCAGCCUCUCCGCGCCGCCUGAGAGGAAACAAAGUGCUGCGGGCGGGAGACUCGGUGGUGGCGGCGGCGGCGCGCGGACCCAGCUCGGCCCCUCCCGGUCACCCUCGCCCCAAAUCUUCCGGAGUGUGUGUGUGAGUGUGUGUGCGUGUUUUCUUAAAAGGGCAUUUUACGAUUGAUUGAUUGGCAGUCUUCCCCCUUUGCCCUUUGUGCCGUAACCCGGCUCCUGCCAACCCAGGUGCUUUUCCCUUCCCACGCCGGCUUCUCCGCGGGCGCGGGUCGUCGGUUUGUGCCUUCGGAUCAUCGCUUCGCCCUCUGCAGCUCCCUACGCGUCCCGUGCUGCCCGCGGCUUCCCCGCUCUGCUCUGCCCGCCAGCCGCCCCGCCGCCCGCCAUGGCGACCGCGACCCCCGUGCCGCCGCGGUCGGGUAGCCGCACCGGCGGCCCCGCUACGCCGCUGAGCCCCACGCGGCUGUCGCGGCUGCAGGAGAAGGAGGAGCUGCGCGAGCUCAACGACCGCCUGGCCGUGUACAUCGACAAGGUGCGCAGCCUGGAGACAGAGAACAGCGCGCUGCAGCUGCAGGUGACGGAGCGUGAGGAGGUGCGCGGACGCGAGCUCACCGGCCUCAAGGCGCUCUACGAGACCGAGCUGGCGGACGCGCGACGCGCGCUCGACGACACGGCCCGCGAGCGCGCCAAGCUGCAGAUCGAGCUGGGCAAGUUCAAAGCCGAGCACGACCAGCUGCUCCUCAAUUAUGCUAAGAAGGAAUCGGAUCUUAAUGGAGCCCAGAUCAAGCUUCGAGAAUAUGAAGCAGCAUUGAAUUCUAAAGAUGCAGCUCUGGCCACUGCACUUGGUGACAAAAAAAGUUUAGAGGCAGAUUUGGAGGAUCUGAAGGAUCAGAUUGCCCAGUUGGAAGCCUCCUUAGCUGCUGCCAAGAAACAGUUAGCAGAUGAAACUUUACUUAAAGUGGAUUUAGAGAAUCGCUGUCAGAGCCUUACUGAGGACCUGGAGUUUCGUAAAAACAUGUAUGAGGAGGAGAUUAACGAGACCAGGAGGAAGCAUGAAACUCGCUUGGUGGAGGUGGAUUCUGGACGUCAGAUUGAGUAUGAGUACAAGCUUGCUCAGGCCCUUCACGAGAUGCGAGAGCAACACGAUGCCCAAGUGAAGCUGUACAAGGAGGAGCUGGAGCAGACUUACCAUGCCAAACUGGAGAAUGCCAGACUGUCAUCAGAGAUGAAUACUUCUACUGUCAACAGUGCCAGGGAAGAGCUGAUGGAAAGUCGUAUGAGAAUUGAGAGCCUUUCGUCUCAGCUUUCCAAUCUACAGAAAGAGUCUAGAGCAUGUUUGGAGAGGAUUCAAGAGUUGGAGGACUUGCUCGCUAAAGAAAGAGACAACUCUAGACGCAUGCUGUCUGACAAAGAGCGAGAGAUGGCGGAAAUAAGGGAUCAGAUGCAGCAACAGCUCAAUGAUUAUGAACAACUUCUUGAUGUAAAGUUAGCCCUGGACAUGGAAAUCAGUGCUUAUAGGAAGCUCUUAGAGGGCGAAGAGGAGAGAUUGAAGCUCUCUCCAAGCCCUUCUUCUCGUGUGACAGUGUCCCGAGCAUCCUCAAGUAGGAGCGUGCGCACGACCAGAGGGAAGCGGAAGAGAGUCGACGUAGAAGAGUCUGAGGCGAGCAGUAGCGUCAGCAUCUCUCAUUCCGCCUCGGCCACUGGCAAUGUCUGCAUUGAAGAGAUCGAUGUUGAUGGGAAAUUUAUCCGCUUGAAGAACACUUCUGAACAGGAUCAGCCAAUGGGAGGCUGGGAAAUGAUCAGAAAAAUUGGAGACACAUCAGUCAGUUAUAAAUAUACCUCAAGAUAUGUGCUGAAGGCAGGCCAGACUGUUACAAUUUGGGCUGCAAAUGCUGGCGUCACAGCCAGUCCUCCCACUGACCUCAUCUGGAAGAACCAGAACUCUUGGGGCACUGGUGAAGAUGUGAAGGUGAUAUUGAAAAAUUCUCAGGGAGAGGAGGUUGCUCAAAGAAGUACAGUCUUUAAAACAACCAUACCUGAAGAAGAGGAGGAGGAGGAAGCGGCACCUGAAGUGGUUGUUGAGGAAGAGAUUUUCCACCAGCAGGGAACCCCAAGAGCAUCCAAUAGAAGCUGUGCAAUUAUGUAAACUUCUCAAGUCAACGGUCUUCCUCAACACAAAGAAAUACGGUAAUCCUUACCAACAUGCAGUGCAGAGCCUUCUCAGAAGCACAGAAUAUUUUUAUAUUUCCUUUAUGUGAAUUUUUAAGCUGCGAAUCUGAUGGCCUUAAUUUCCUUUUUUGACACUGAAAAAGUUUUGUAAAAGAAACCAUAUCCAUACACUUUGUUGCAAGAUGUGAAUUAUUGACACUGAACUAACUGUGUACUGUUUGGAAAGGGUUCCUCAAAUUUUUUGACAUUUUUUUGUAUGUGUGUUUUUUUAAGUUCUUACAAGAAGGGGACGGGAGGGUAAAUAAACCACUGUGUGUCUGGGUAUAAUUUGAAGAUUGCUCCAUCUAGAUUAGCAAUCUGCUCUUGAUUACUCUCUGCUAUAUAUAACGGUGCUGUGAGGGGGGGGGGGCAUUUUUCAAGAUAUCAAACUUUUGUACUGAAUUUUUUUGUAAUAAACAAUCAAGGCUACAAAAAAUUUUUUUAAUAGAAAAGAGAAAUUUUGUAAGAAGGCAAUAUUAACCUAAUCAUCAUGUAAGCACUCUUGGAUGAAGGAUUCCACAAAACUUUGUUUUAUGGUUACUUCUCUUAGAUUCUUAAUUCAUGCGGGGAUAGCGGGUGGGAGGGACGGGUUUCUCUUAAAAUGCAUUAGCUGUGUUUUUAAAGAUAGUGUAACUUGCUUUAAUUUCCUAUGAUACAUUAACAAAUAAAAGCUGUUUUAAUAUUAA